ACUGUCUCCCGCCGAGGUCCACGGCCAAUUGGACCGAGUGGUGGAACAACUCCGGGAGCCCUUUCCCCAGGUGGCCGAACUGCUGGCGGACGCCGCGCCGGACAUCCUGGCCUUCACGGCCUUCCCAGUGGCCCACUGGCAGAAGCUGUGGUCCAACAACCCGCAGGAACGGCUGAACCGGGAGAUAAGGCGCCGGAGCCUGCCCCCGAAAGGGGACGUGGUGGGCAUCUUCCCCAACCGGCUAUCGGCGCGGCGCCUGGUGGGCGCGGUGCUGGCCGAGCAACACGACGAAUGGGCCGAAGCCCGCCGCUACCUCACCAUCCCCAACGCCGCCGGCAACGAGGCACUGCCGGAGCCCAACAUGCUGGACGCAGCGGCCUGAUCAACAUCAAAAGGGAUGACGCGCUUUUACACUACUUGUAUGUUGCAGUAGUCCCGUGGAUCGGCCGAUCUGCGGGGCGGGCGAGAGGGGCGCGUCGUUCACUUCUGGGUGAGCCAGGCCACAAUCCUGGACUGCACCGGCGUCAAGUUGGACACCCCUCCCGCCGUUCUGGUCGCUCCGAACGGAUACAG